AUGAAUGCUGUGUUUUUUGGUGUUUUUUGGCUCCAGGCCGUGACCCCUGUGCUGGGUUUUCCUACAGGAGCUCCGGCCUCAGUCUGUGAGAGCAUGAAGCCUCAACAUUCAGGAGUUCAGCCUCAGCCAAACCAGCCUCCGUACAUCAUUGAAACCAGCAACAGCACCUUUCAGAGUGGACAGCCUCUUACAGUGAUAAUUAAGGGUCCUGAUUACGCUGGAGUUUUACUGGAGGCUCGCUCAGGAUCCAGCACUAAUGCUUUGGGAAGCUGGGGGAGUCCACCAGCUCACACUAAACACUUAGGGUGCUCAGGAAACAGUCAUGGUGCCAUCACGCAUUCCAACACCAACAUGAAGAACAACCUCACCGUUUACACCUGGAUGCCUCCAGAAACCUCCGACAGCAUCUAUUUCAUGGCCACCGUAGCCAAAGGUCAAACUGUUUACUGGUUAAAUGUCAAGUCAGCAACUCUGACCAGAGAUGGAGUUGUGGACACUGGCUCUGCUGCUGAUCCUAAGAUGGCCUCUGCACCCGUGCUGCUCCUUCUCACCCUGCUGGCAUCAACUCUGUUUCACUGCUAGGAACAAAGAAACAGCAUCAGGUUACCAGCAAUUCAGCCUGUGGGAAACGACACCAUGUGCUUAUAUAAAAUUACCAAUAAGCACACGUACAUACACAUGUUCGCUUUAGUGUGUGGCUUGUUGUGAAAGAGAUCAGCGACAAUGAGAGGAGAGCAAUUACAGAAACAUGGCUCGGAUUCUUUUUUGUGACUUAAAAACAAGAAUGUCAUAUUUUAUUUCUCUUGAUAUGCAGUAUUCUGUAACACAUUAUCAGGCCUAACACUUCGACCAACUCCUUGU